AGAACGGUCGUGCUCGCUUGUGGUGUAGCCUACGGGAGCACACUCGUAUUACAUUGGUCAGAGAAGUAGGAGGGUUUUGUAUUGAAAAACAAGUGAGGGAGUCUAGAGUGGAGUACCAAAACAGAACUCAAUGUUCCUUUUAUUCCUUUCGGGAUAGAUUUACAUUUUCUUGCACAUAAAUUCGUGUGACGUAAUAUCGGAAGACUGCAGUUGUAAUGUGCAACCUGUAAGGUAGAGGCAUUCUGUGUAGCGGACAAGAUGUCUGCACUUGCAAUAAAUGCAUUUGAAACAACGCGCUAAUGUAUUUCCAGUUGAGAUGCAAUUUCGCUUUCGUUGUGUCACAGAUGAUAUGCCAUAUGUCAGGGUGACUCUUUGAUUUCUCGUAGAGUUUCUGUUCUGUUGUUGUACACCGUUUAUAGGCUACGAGCAGCAUGGAGAGCAACUGCGAGAGGAAUGAACAGACCGAUGAUAAAAAUACAGAGGGUUGUUUUGAAAGAACAUGUUUAACUCUAACUGUAGACGAUGUUUACGAAAUAGCCAAACUGAUUGGUUCCGAAGUGGAAAAACUUAUUGACGGUUACGGUAAAGAGAGCGCUCUCGGACUCGUGCCUAAAAUAGUAAAAGUUCUCGAGCUGUUAGAGAGCUAUGCCUCACGAAAUAAUGCCCUCAAAUCAAAAGAAGAGGAAUUAUACAAAGCUUUCGAAACAUUACAGGUACAGCAACAGAAAAAAAGAGUUUUAAAAGAAAACGAAGAUUGCAACAAGAAUGAAAUACGGGAGGUGCGACAGGAGGAGGAGCAGUGGAGGAGGAGGUGUGAGGAGCUGCAGGCCCAGGUGCUCCAGCUACAGGGAGACAACCAGGAGCUGCAGAGCCGUCUGAAGGGCAACCAUGCGCAGGAAGACCGCGUUCAGCGGCAGGAAAGGGAGGUGAUGCUGAAACUGAAGGAGGUGGUGGACAAGCAGAGAGAUGAGCUGAGGGCCAAACAACAGGAGAUCACCAGUGUGUCCAAAGAGGUAGAAGCGCUCCAGGAGCAGUUGGAGCGCUUCAUGAAGAUGAACGGCGAGCUGAGACACAAGCAGACCAUAGUGCAGACACAGGUGAAGAGCGCCGUGGAAAGGAAGGCCGACAUGGAGGCAGACCUGAGGGAGAAACAGAAAGAGAUAGAACGCCUCAGUUCCCAACUGGAGAAGGCCCACUCGCUCAGCGCUGCUGGCACGGGGAGUCCAUCUACGACACAGCUGGACCUGACCGACAAGAUGAUCAUUGACAUGAAGGAUCCAAACAGGCCCUGUUUCACCAAGCAGGAGGUCAGGGAGAUUCUGUCUGAGAGGAAUGAGCUCAAGGCCAACCUCUUCCUGGUCCAGGAAGAACUUGCCUACUACCAGAGGGAGAUUUUAAAUGAUGAAAGGUGCCCGGGCUUCUUGUUGGAUGCAAUGCGGUCUGCCAUUAAGAAGCAGAGAACAGUUAUUAAGGCCAAGAUGCUGGGGGUUCCAGUGGAUGCCUGCAGCAGCGAUGAGGAGGAUAAGGGCCCACUGUUUGAGAGGGGAGAAGCCCGAACAGAGACAGAUGGCGCUGAGGACAAACCUGCCGAGUCUCGCAUCAGAAACCUCUUUGGCUUCCUGACCCGCUCAGGCAGCAGCCACAGCCCCUCCCACCAGAGCGCCACAAGCUCCUCCUGGGAAAUCAUCGUCCCCGAGGAUGCGGAGACAGAGCCCAGACAAUCGCCCUGACCCCCCCCGCCCUCCUCAACAUACCCUUCUUGAUGUACAUUUGUCUUCCUGACCAUUUUACCUUUCCCCUCUAGUAUACCCACAGUGCUACAGUAUUUGUUAGCUGUAACACAUUACCAUGUGUGGUACAUGUUUCUUUUUUCGUUGCAAAACCAACCCAGUAUACAGCAUGAAUUGCGGGUCUAGCAAAAUUGAAUGCCCGGACUAAACACAUAAUGGUGUUCCCACUUUUCUAGUUGUACCCCUAAUGUUUUUGUUUUUUUUCUGUUCCCUUUCUCUUCAAAUGUGUUUGUUUUCUCUGUCUUCCUCGCUUCCUUGGGUUUUCUCUGGAAUGUUUAAAAAAAGUUAUACUCUGCAUACAUUUCUUGCAUUCAUGUCAACUGUGUUGUACAGGAUUGAUAGGGGUCUUCCGACAUAGAAAAGUAUGGUACAUGCCAUAUAAAUCCUUAAAGAAAUGUGGAAGUAUUAUAUUUUAUAAUGGUAUUUAUAGGUGCUUUAACAAUGAUCAUUAACCAAAGUUGAUACCAUGAUGUAUUUUUUUUCCCCACAGAAAUUAUUAUUAACUGUAGGUAUACUUUUCUGCCACAAGAGGGCUUUUAUCAGCUCGAACAGUUAAUAACCAUGCAUUUACCUUAUGAUAAGGUAAUUUCCUUUGAAAUAUCAACGCAAUUGUGUUCAGCAUGACUUGGUUUCAGCAAGACUACUUUCUCACAAACAAUACACAAUCAUCAAAUCAGUUUGUGGUACACACCGCCAGUCUGUUCUUUAUUUGUGAUUAAACUGCAGUCCUUGACCCUGAAUGUAUGACAUAAUAUAUUUUUUAAUCUAUUCCCAAACUUAAUUAAUCUUAUUGUAUUUUUUUAACUUUUCAACAAUCUUUUAAAUAAUUUCUCCCUGCUGGCAAAGAAUGAAUUUGAUGGUAUCUCAGGUGGUUGUCAUGGGUAUAUAUGCAUUUUCUGCUUGUGUGUGUGUUCGUAAGACUAAGACACUAGCCCCUGUAGAUUGGUUACUGCACUUAAAGAGGAAUUAUUUUUCCUCAAGAGGGGGUGGGUGGAAAAAGUUUGUAUAUGUUCUCACUGUCCAACCCCUGAUAUGCAAAACAUGCAGUAAGUACAUACAAAGUAUUUUCAUUUCACAACUGUAUUUUUCGAACCCCUGUGCCCGUCCACCCAUAUGCUAAAGAUACUUGGACUUUGUGUCUAAAUUGUCUGACUUUUUUGACAUUCAAACUUUUGCUUUUGAUGUAGCCUAAGGGCCCCACUCAGAUUUCCUACAACACUUAUUGUACAUUUUAUUUUUGUAAGCAUGCUUUUUUAAACAACAAGAUGUUGUACUAUGAUAACCAAAUAAAGUUUUGAAGCUCCUGA